ACAGACACAACUGCAGCACAACAUCUGAGAUCCACAACACGUAACACAUUCUGUGCCAGCUAAGAUCCAGACAGGACAUAACCAUGUUCCCAGUCCCAUCACAUCUCCACCGGUCAGGAGGGGAACAUAUUUCCUCUGAGGCAGAGGCAGAAGUCAGUGUUCAAGGCAACCAACCUUCCGUGGAGGCACAGUGCGAACAGGCGCAAUCAAAAGUGCUAGAUCUGCUCGAACCCCUUCUUCGGCCGCCUUUAGAUAGUAGCGACAAACGUAAUAAUGAGCGCAAAAGGAAAGUGUCCAGAUGGAAUGUUGAUGAGAUCAAAAAAGUGAAGGAAAACCUCGAAAAUGCAAUUGAAGAGAACAAAACGAAAACCCAUGAAAUCCUGAUGAACAAUCUUCCGUCCAUAUCAAGCCAUAUCCAAAUCUCCUCCAACCUCUGUUCAGACUUUGCGGAACUCAAAAUCAAACUCAAAGCGCUGGAGAGUCAAGUCGAUGUCUCGGACCCAGCGACAUCAUUCAUGCCGCCCUUACUUUCCCUCUUGAACAAGCAUUUCAACUCCAUAUCCGCUCGCGAUACUUCGCAAGGACAUAUAGCAGCCCUGAAAGCUUUGAAAGCCAAGGUGGAAAAGGUGAAAAAGUUGGAGGAAGUUGUGUGGGCGGGACAAGGCGUGGAGGACUGGGUAGUGGACUCUGCUCCUUUGGCAAAGAAAGAGACUGGGGCAGAAGCAAAUGAAAUAGCAGUGGAUGGGCUGGAAGCUACCGCUAUUUGCAAGGCGUUGGAAGAGAAGGAGAGUGUUUUGAGGACAUUACUGAGGGAUCAGUUGGUAGAUGGGUUCAAGCGGGCUGUGGUGGUGCAAAAGGAUGGGAUGAAAUUGGAUGUCAGGCAGGAAAUCAGGUUGAGCAGCCCCAAUGCAUCGCGCCCGGAUUACCUUCAGACCACAACUGCUUCACCAUAUCCUCUUUCAUCGCUCUACAAAGCCCUAUCGUCCCUCUCGCUGUUACCAAAUCUUCUCCAAGCGCUUCAAACGCAAUUAUUAACAACAAUUAUCCUACCCGUCGUAUCCUCUCAACGCCGAAUAAGCAUCUCUUCAUCUUCCGGAAUUUUCUCUCUUAAAUCAGACCAAGUCAGCGGAGACAUGGAGGACCAAGAGGUUUUGACUGGCUUAAAGCAAGUUUUGGACUUUACCUCUCGUACCCUGUACCCCGAAGAAGCCAACACUCCAGAGCGCGAACCCUUCAUCCGCGAGAUCACGGUCAAAACCCUCGAAUCCCUCCUUGAUCACCUCAUCAUCCCCUCCAUUCCAUCUUCCCCUUCGUCUAUCCCCGGAUGGCUCAAUCUAAUUGUUUCAUCCGUCGCUAUCGAGGAUACUGUUCUUCCCGUCUCGUCAGCUAAUGAUCAGCUCCAUCACAGUCGGCCGUUGAAGACGUUCUGGGAGAAACAGGCAGGGAAGGAGUAUGCGAAUAAGAGACGAUAUGAUACGGCCGACCUUGUGAGGGUGCUUGUGUUAAACGAGUGGGGAAGAUGGGAAGGGACGGAGAAGAAGAGAGAGAGAGAGGUCAGUGUGGUAGUUGAGGUGGAGGUCAGUAGUGAUGAUGAGGAUCAGCCCGUGAAGGAGCAAAGCAAAGAGCAAGGUGAAGCGGGAGAGGCGCAGGGCGACGGCUGGGGAUUCGGAGAGACCAGUGAAAAUCAAAUUGAGCAGGCGGGGGUGAAGCAAGUAAACCGGGAAGAUGCGGAAGAAGCCGAAGACGGGUGGGGAUUCGAUGAGGAGUCUAUCCCACCCGCGUCCUCGGCUGAUCAAGCCCCACAAGAAGAAGACGAAGCCGAUGGAUGGGACCUAGACGUCGCCGCCAGUACGAGUUCGUCGCUGCCUGAGUCUAGCCCUUCUCUUCCCCAGCUUGAUCCCUCGGUAGAGCUCGAAGCUAGGACUGAACACGCACCUGAACCUCAACCUCAACCUGUAUCUCAACACGAACCUCAACACGAACCUCAACGAGAGUCUGAGCCACAGCCAGAACCUAAACCUGUAUCAGCACCUGCACCAACAUCGGCACCUACUAAACCUCUUCGAGAAGCAAAACGUUUGGGCAAGAAAGUGGCCAAAAAGAGCAAAACAGAGGAAUACGAUCCCUGGGAUCAACCGUUUGAUAACGAAAACUCCCUCUCAGCGUCCACUUCUACAUUCACGUCAGCGUCGACUUCGAGUCUGUCGAACCCAACACGGGCACUGUCAGCGGAAACUCCUUCCAAUAACGAUAUACCACCUAUUAAAAAACCCCCUAAGGAAGCCAAGAAGUUGGGGAAGAAGGUGGGGAAGAAGACGAAUAAGGAAGCGGAGAGAGAUUUUUGGGAUACAGAUAUUCCGGUAGAGGAUUUAGGUGGUGGAGAAAGCAGUGUUCACCAUACAGCUGGUGUUCUGGGCGAUAAAGUGGAAGGUGGCGGCGGUGGUAAUGGUGAUGGACGGAGCCGGGACGAUGAUCCCACGUCCACCUCUCCACAGAUGACGGCACCCCCCCAAAAAAGGAGGACUGAGCUUCGUGAAGAGAAAAGGGUUAUUGAGGAGAAAUACUUUGUAUCCACUGCAUGCGAAAAGUUGUUGGAUAUUGGAAGAGGUCUGCUCAAGGAGGUGGAGGAGUUACAAUCUUCUAGUUUUGCCUCACCUUCCUUUACUUUUGAUUCUACAAGCCCAAUCAUCAUCCAGUCUUUGACAGACAUCUUCUCCCUUUAUAGAGCCCUUCUUCCCAUUCGGUACGCUCAACAGCUGCAAGACAUCCCGGGUAUCACUAUGCAAGCGUACGACGAUGGCAACUACCUUGCUUCGCAACUUGGUUCAUUCGCUCUUCCCGCUUCAUCAACGCUUUCGUUGGACGAUGAGAUUGCUCGCCUGAGAGCAUUGUCUGAGCGUAUCUAUGAGGAUUUCCUAAAAAAUCAGAGGGAGGGCAUAGACGAGGAGCUGGAUAGCCUUAAAGGCGUGGAAGGAACAGCGGAUUAUAGUAUCUGAUAUAUCAAUAUAGCUUGGCCAUGCAUUGUACCGAGCGAGUACGCGACGC